AAUCAGCAAUUAUUAGCAAUUUAAUUAAAUGAGUGUAAAAUUGCAUAUUUAUGGAAGAAGACUAGAGAAUCUCUGCCAAACAACUUGCUACUUCGUUUAUUGCGCGCAAUUUGUCGUAAUUCUGUGCAGAACAGUGAAGUGGUUCAUGUUAGCGACAUUAUCUACGACUUUAACAAGUUCUUGUCAAACGCGCAGUACAUGCAGCCUCUGCCUUCGGCAAAUUUUAUCAAUGUGAAUUAUGAGUUUCGAAAAAAGUGGAAAUUUCCAUUGGCCAAUCGUUUCGCUUGUCGUAUCCGAUUCAAAUAUUUCAUGCUGUUCUGGUAGUUCAUGUUAGUCUGGUUUAUAUCAACGAUGUCACAUUAACGAGUGUAAAGACUGGCUAAUAAUAUGGCAGUGUGCAUUUUGCACUGAAUCGCAUCGCAACUGAGUCGACUGCGCGAGAUAGAACAGAUUCUCGGAUCAACGAUCAUCGAAGAAAGUUUUAUUGUCUCAAUAAAAUUGCAUACUCAAGAGCAACUAUGUUCAUGUUUCAAAAACUAUCGAGUAAAGCUUUUAGAUGUCACCAGAUACCGACAACAAUCGGCAGUCUGUCGCGACUUCGAAGAUCGGUGUCGCUGAAUCAGCAGAAUCUGACGUUCUACGAUUAUCAAAAUUACAGUGCUGAAACAAUUUUCGAGUUGGAAGAGGAAUCGGACAGCUUUUGCCCCUCGCUCUACUUUCUUUUGGAUUUCUGCCAUCUGUACUACAUACCGUCUAUCAUUUUGCUGGGCCUGGUGGGCAACCUGUUGUCGUGCGUGGUUUUUCUUAAGACGCAUUUAAAGCUUCGCAGCUCCAGUUACUAUCUGGCAGCAUUAGCCACCACCGAUUUCAGCUUUCUCAUGUCCCUGCUUCUCGUGUGGCUUAACAGUACCAUUGGAUGGAAGGUCUUUAAUAAUAAUGGUUGGUGCGAAACUUUGGUAUACGUCAGCGCGGUUUGCAGCUCACUUAGCGUCUGGCUGAUCGUCGCCUUCACCGUCGAGAGAUUCAUCGCCGUGCAGUAUCCACUGCAUCGACCGCAUAUGUGCACCGUGGCGCGCGCGAAGACGAUUAUUCUGGUGUUAACGAUCCUCGCUUUAGCCUGUCACUCAUAUUCCUUCGUUACCGCCGGGGUGGUGAAGAACCAGGGCGGCGACGAUGUCUGCGAGUUGAAAAUCGAGUACCUGGAAAUCAUGCAGAUUAUCAGCAUCGUCGAUAGUAUAGCGAGUCUGAUUGUGCCGCUCGUACUUAUCAUCGUGAUGAAUACCAUGAUUAUGAGAAAUCUCUUAAAGUUCGGCAGGCGAUUCAAUCAGGAACCCGGUUAUACCGCAAAUUGUUCCAAUAGGGAGAAGUCCGACAUCAAUCUCAAUCAAAUCCCGAGUGCCAAUAGCAGCAAUAAUGGCGGCGGCGGAAAUAUGAACUUGGUUUCGCUUGUGGGCACGAAUGGAACGCGUAGACCACCCUCUCAGCAAUCAUCAUUUCACUCGUCCAAGAACCAUUCCCGACAUCAACCUGCAUCUGCUCCGCCGUCGACACCGCGGAACGUUUGUCAGAUGACCGAAAUAGAAGCUCCGUGUAUACACGUUAGGUCAUCUUGUCGAAAUCUCGGAUCCAGAUUCAAUCAAGAGAGCAUCACUAAAAUGCUCGUGCUUAUUAGUACAGUCUUCAUAUUGCUUAAUUUACCGAGUUACGUGAUUCGCCUAUGCGUGUUCUUCUUCGCUUUGGCAAAGAAGAAUACACCAGAGACACUCUGGUGUCUUCAGCAGUUCUUCAUGCUGUUGUAUUACACAAACUUCAGCAUCAACUUUCUCCUAUAUGCAAUGUGCGGCAUUACGUUUCGUCGAUGUUUGGAACAAAUAUUGCGCAGAAUUCUGAAGAGCAUGACUCGAUAUCACUGCAGUCCACAAAGGGAAUCGGUAAGUCCGUGAACACGUGUCAACGCUUCUUGGCCGAUGGACCCCUGUUACACGCGACUUUCAACAGAGCUUUUAAGUUCUCAAAUCGAAGUUUGCGAGUGUAAAUCCAAGAAUAAAUCCAAGAUGAUCCUGUUUGCCUGACUCGCUUUGAAAAGGCGUAACAUUUUUGUCAGACGCGUAACACAUCUGUGGCUUUAAGCUCGAUGUCAACGAUGAAACGACGGAUUUCAGAAAAGAUUUGUCCGGAAAUCAAAAAAUGUUAUGCUAUGAAAUUCAAAACGUUACGAUAUCUGACUGACUGAUUGUAGAAAAUUCACGAAUCCUGCAUACAGUAUAAUGCUGUGUGUGAAUAAUUGAUUCGACUACAUUCGUGAAAAUCCAUUUUUAUUUAUUUAUACAAAAGUUCAGAAAUAUAAGAAGAUAAUAAGAUUUGUUUUAACUUGCCAUCUCUGACUAUUACAUCAGUAAUGAACAAUAUUCUGCUUUCUGCAUUACGUAUACUUUUACUUAAGAAAA